AGAUUUGCAUUUUACUACUUAUAAAGGGGAUUCUCUUCUUCAGCGCUAUAGAUUAGAGAAAUAUUUAUUGUGCCAAUAUUGAUGACACAAUCUAAUCAAAAGGACCACAAAUAAUUUUAAGUAAAUUAAGAUUGUCUGAAUGAGUUAAAGUCAAUGAUCUGAAAUGCCAUCAUACUAAUUAUAAAAUAUAUGUAGUCCAUGUUCAGAUGGAUUAGUAGGAGUGCGGAAUCAACUACUUACACUUAAUUAAAUAGCAUACAAGAUGAAAAUAAUAUUAUUAUAUCACUUUCAUUCUAAUAGAAUGGUUAAAAGAUGUUGUAUCGGAGGUAUAAUAAUGGAAAAGUAAUAUUGAUUAUUCCAAAUAAACUAGAUUUUAUGCUACGAUGCAAAAACCUUAGGAGUUAGAAAUAUAUUGUUGGCCAUUUACUAAUCAGAGUAGAUUCACAAUAAUGGCAUAAUAUGUUUACAUUGGGUUAAUUAAAAUGGAGCCAUUAAUUGUAAUUAAUUUUGGCUUAUCUCUACGAUGGAGAUAUAAAAUUAUUGAAUAUCAAAUUACUCGUACCUUAAGAUAUAAUCAGAGAUUAGAAGGUAUCAAAAUCAAAAAAGCAAGAAUUCUUUGAGAGCAUUAAAGAAUUUAAAAUCUAUAAGCUAUUAAAAAUGAUCUAAAAUACAAUGCAUAGAUACAGCAGCCAAACAUUGGAAUAUCUAAAUUCAUUUAACUCCAUCCUUAUGCCGAUAGAUAUAUGA